GAGGGCUGUUUCGCACAGCGUUCCGCGUUUUAGUCGCUGUUCAUUUCGCGUUUCGCUUUCGCCUUUUAGGGACACGCUCGCUUUCGCGUUUCGCGUUUUAGGGGCACCUGAGACCUUGUUGAGUUUCUUUCCAAAUUCUAGUUUCUUAACGACACAUCUUACUUUCAUUUGACACUUAGUUACCACCUUAUUCGAGAUAUAACAAAGCAAACAAAUCCAAAUGGCUGCAAAAGAAGUUUUAACGAUUCAACUUGGAGAGUUCUCCAAUGUUAUAGGUGCGCUUUGGUGGAAUAUGCAGAAUGUUCCUGCUCUAUCAGCUAAUAAAAGUGAAAUAGUUGACAAUGAAAAAGACCAAAGUGUGUUUUUCCGCCAAGGCAAAUCUGAUAAAGUAGCUGUAAAUCCAAGGCUUCUUGCAGUUGAUUUGAAAGGACCAAUGGAUUUUCCUAUUCAAAAUCAAGAAUUCAAUUUAUCACCACUGGGGAUAGUAGAUUGGAUACCUGGAGAGCAUGCAGCAUCAUUAUCUGAGGAAAUUUCUUCUAUAUCACUGGGGUCUUGUGAAUUUGAAAGCAAUGAUUUCCAUGAAUGGAAAGCCUUAUUGAACAAUAAGUUGCAUCCGAAAUCCCUCAGCACCUUGAAUAAUGUUCAAGGGGUAAAUCCUGUAGAGAAAUUUAAUCUCUUUUCUCAAGGAAUGGCAUGUGUGGAAAAAGAAGAUGAUCUUGAAUAUAUUGAAAACCAAAUUCGCUUUUUUGUUGAAGAAAGUGACUACUUUCAGGGAUUUAAUAUAUUGUUUGAUGCUGAUAAUGGUUUUGGGGGUGUUGCAUCCAAAUUACUGCAACUAAUCAAGCAAGAGUACUCAACUAAAAUGACAUUCGCAGUUCCUUUAUUUCCAGCACAUUCAACAUGUGAAAGUGCCAGAAGAGCAGAACGUUUGACUAAUUUGGGAUUAGUGGUGGAUGCACUUUUUGAAGAUUCUUCCAUGUUCAGUCCUGUUAGCUUGGAUCCUCUUUGGUGUUCAAAUAAUUCUAGAAAAUUUUCUGAACUGCAUAAUCUCAAACCAACCUCCAUUUAUCAAGCAGGAGCAGUAAUAGCCACAGCCUUAGACACAAUUUUCUUCCCUCUGCAAGCAAAAAAAGGAUCGCUUCUUUCGUUGACUGAUUUUGUUAAAAAGUUAACCAGUGAUGGUCGCAAAGCAGUUGGCAUGUCGUGUGCCAUACCCCUAUGGAAUAGAGUAUCAAAUUUGGAGUCUCUAAAUUCGGCAUUUGUUGAAGUUACAUCUGUUACACCUUGCGUUGAAACCUUCCGAGACUGUUGGACCCAACAGUUAGUUUGGCGAGGACUGCCAAAUACUUCGGAUUUUCAAUCACUAGUGGACUUUUGGUCUCGCAUCCAGUGGAAACGCACAACAACUUUUAAUUGUGUAUUCAGAACACCUAGUUCACUGGUUAAACCUUAUCCCAAAUUCUUUCUCGACUCCGCCAAAUUAGUCGAAGAUUCAUCAUGGAGUCCUUCCAAAAUAGGACCGCAUUUCUGUACUUUCGGAGGUCUUCAUAGCUCCGUAUCGUUAGGCCAUAGUCUUAAAUAUCUCCAUACCGAGUUAUCAAAAAUAGAAGGAAGAAGUCUUCAAAAGUUUUUCUCUUCGGGACUGGAGCAAGAUGACUUACUAGAAAAUCGAGAUCGCAUUAUUGGUUAUGCGGAACUUUAUGAAGAAAACUGAAAAAACUUUCUGUCACCCAUAAAUAAUAAAAAAGAUGUGAAUAAAAGGUAAUUUUCAAUCCAAAGCUACUAUAAAAUAUUUUGAUGUUAACUAUGCAUGAAAUUCUUCAACGAUAUUAACCUAAUAUAACAGCCAGCAGCGAUUCGACGGAUACAAAUCGAACAACGAUCACUAUGCGGAUAAGUUUUUUUCUCCAACGUUCAUGUCUACUGUAAAGAACGAAUUAGUACCCAAUACCCCAAUUAGUACCCCAGAAUUUGUAAUACCAAUUCAAAGUUCACUGGACUGACCUUGAUAAAAUACAUUGGCGUUCGAAAGCUA